CGCGGAUAAAGCCCCGUUGCCUUUGACUCGCGGCAGGUGGGGAAAGUCCCCCCCCGCUUCUCCCCCAGUUUCCACGGGAUCGCGCACCCGGAGUGCAGCGCAAGGCGGGGCGCGCAGCGCAGGCGCAGUUGCAGCCGCCGUUAUGGCGGAGAAGGUGCAGAAGAGCGUGAAGAUCGCGCCGGGAGCCGUGGUGUGCGUGGAGAGCGAGAUCCGCGGGGAUGUGACCAUCGGGCCCAGGACCGUGAUCCAUCCCAAGGCCAGGAUCAUCGCCGAAGCGGGGCCCAUCGUCAUCGGGGAGGGGAACCUGAUCGAGGAGCAGGCGCUCAUCAUCAACGGGUAUCCGGAAAAUAUUAUGCCAGAAACUGAAGAUGUGGAGCCCAAACCGAUGAUCAUUGGCACCAACAAUGUUUUCGAAGUUGGGUGUUAUUCCCAAGCAAUGAAGGUUGGAGACAACAAUGUCAUCGAAUCCAAAGCAUUUGUCGGCAGGAACGUGAUCCUAACGAGCGGCUGCAUCAUCGGAGCCUGCUGUAACAUCAACACCUACGAGGUGAUCCCCGAGAACACUGUCAUCUAUGGGGCUGACUGCCUCCGCCGCGUCCAGACUGAGCGGCCACAGCCUCAGACGCUGCAGCUGGAUUUCCUGAUGAAGAUCUUGCCAAACUAUCAUCACCUAAAGAAGACCAUGAAGGCCACGUCCACACCUGUCAAGAGCUGAGUGCCUUCCGCUGCUGAUGGCUGUUCUCUGGAGCGCUACAUGGCCCUGGGAAAUGGCUGGUCUCUGUGUCCCAGCUUUGGAACAAGCCCGUCUUGCUUCUUUGUGUCCUUUAUUUAUAUUCCACCAAGCAUCUCGGACCAGUUUUGAGUCUGUUGUCUGUUGCACACUAACUGUAUUGGUUGGGCUUUGUAUUGGGAAUAAAAUGUCACCUUCUUCUCCAUCAA